AUGAGCAUUAAUUGGUUAACUCACCCAUUUGAAGAAUUAAGUAAUUUAAAACAUUCUUUGGAUGAAACUUUAAAAAAUUGGACUGAACCAGCACCAACUGCUGCAACAUCAAUGGAUUGGGGUUGGAAGCCAAGAAUGGAUGUUUGUGAAAACAAGGAUUAUUACAAAAUCAUCUUGGAAUUACCAUCGUUCAACAAGGAUGAAAUUGAAGUCCAAGUAAAUGGUCGUUUCUUAUCCAUCAAAGGUCAAAAAAUUGAACAUACCACUGAUGAAUGGAAAUAUCAUAGAAGAGAAAGAUAUUCUGGUGGUGAAUUCCAUCGUGCAGUUGCACUUCCAGAAGGUAUUGAUGGUUCAUCAAUUCAAGCAAAAUUCCAAAGUGGAGUUUUAUUAUUAUUAAUUCCAAAGACUGGAGGUAAAACUAGUCAACAUAUUUCAUUAUUUGGUCGUGAAGAACAUGGUAAUAAAAGAAAUGUAAUUGAUUUAGAAGAGAAAGAAAGAAAAAGAAGAAUGGAAGAAUCAGAUCCAAUGUUAGGUCGUCGUUGGGGUACUGGUCGUUCAUUGUUUAGUGGUUCAAAAUUGAAUAAUCAAAAUGAUACCAUGUAUCGUAAACCAAGUGCAUCUGAUUUAAGAUUAGUUAAACAGAUGGAAACUAAAGAACGUGAAAGAAGAAUUAGAGAUACCAAAGGUGAAACUGAAAAGAAGAAGAACGCACUCAAAGUCAGUCGUUACAUUAAAUCACUUGGUAUGAAUCCAAGAUCAACCUUGAGAAGAGGUGGUCGUGAAAUGGAAAAGAUUAUUCAUCUUGAAGAACGUGAACGUCAAGCAAGAAUCAGAGACAAAGGUAGAAUGAGACAACAACAAGCUCUCGCUAAAAAAGUUUCCAAUUUAAUUAAACACUCUGGUGGAGCUGCUAGACUUCGUCAUACCGGUUUCAACUAUUCUACCAUUACUAAAGGUUACAAUACCAACAAGACCAAAUUUGAUCGUUUCGGUAAAGAAAAUGACUCCUUUGGUGGUUUCAACAUUAACAAAUCAUUCACCAACCAAUUCAAAGGAUUUGGAAAGAAUAGUGGUGGUAAAUCAAUAAACAUUACCACUGGUGGUUUCAAAGCUCCAUCUCAAUUCAACAAAUUCACUCACAACUUGGAAGAAAAAGAACGUCAAAGAAGAUUAAAUGAUAAAAAAGGUCAAAAUGAUGCUAAACGUUUAGCUGCUGAAAUCUCUCAUAUGAUUGGUAAUGCUCAUUUUUAA